AUGAACUUCUUUAAGCUUUGCGGCAAGCGACGGACAUUUGGAUCGGAAGACAGCAAAGAGCCGUUGCCGGGUCGCCAGAGUGCCGGAGUUUUGAAGCAGCGUUCAGAGCUGCUGGAAAUAGUUCGGGCUGCUGCUGCAAAUGCUUUGGGCCGAUCUGACAUUGAUGUGGACACAGUGCUGGCUGGGAGCCUGGGCUUGGAUUCUGCAGCCGCUCUUCGUUUUGCUCACGCCAUUGAGAAACAGCUCGACACAGGCGGUCGACGGCUGCCGGCAACCCUGGUUUUCGACUAUCCCAGUGUUGCAGAGAUUGUGGACAAAGGACUGCCACGCUUUCUAAACGGCAUCCUUCCUGAGCAUGGGCUACCUGAGCAAGCUGCCAAGGCUCCUGAGACUCUGAUCUCAUCAUCCAGUUGGGAGUUGCCGGGUGCACAUGAUCUGGAGGCCCAAGAUCCACAGCAGCGACUCGUGCUAUCGACGUCUUACAAGGCGUUGGCAGCCGCCGGUCACGACCAGGGGACGCUCCAAGGGGCGCCAAUGUCAAUUUUCGUUGCUUUAAGCAACCAGGACUGGUAUCACUGGUCUCUAAACGCGACUCCGACCGCAUACACAGGCACUGGAGUGUCUGCUGCUUUAGCAGCGAAUCGGAUUUCUUUUGCGCUGGGCUUGCGCGGGACCAGUGCCACCAUCGAUACUGCAUGUUCUUCGUCUUUGACAUCUAUACAAGCAGCUGCAGAGAGUCUUCAACGCCCCUCGCGACGUGCAGGUCCUGCAUGCAGAAGAAGACUAAGGGAAUCCGUCGCCGCUGGCUGUGAGCUAUUACUUGGGCCAAACUCUGUACUUCUUCGGUCAUCUGCCAGCAUGCUAUCGCCAACCGGGCGCUGCCAAACCUUCAAUGCCACGGCCGACGGAUACGUCAGGGGCGAAGGCUCUGGGGCUAUCCUGCUGACAUUGGGAGAGGAUCCAUCUUGGGCUGGAAGCCAGGUCAUGCUGUGUGCAUCGACCACAAACCAGGAUGGGCGCAGCACGAGUCUUACUGCACCAAAUGGGCAGGCGCAACAGGAGGUGUUGCUUGAUGCUUUGUGGAUGGCGGCAGUGCCUGCAGCUGCUGUCAGCUUCGUGGAAUGCCAUGGAACGGGGACAGCUCUGGGAGAUCCCAUUGAGGUUGGAGCUUUGCGAAGAGUCUUGGGAGCGCACAAAGAGGAGAAGCUAUGGCUUGCUGCUGGAAAGAGCAACAUGGGUCAUUUAGAGGCAGCAGCUGGAUUGGCAGGUCUUGCCAAGGCCAUGUGUUGUCUGCUUCAUCGGGCUGUUCCGCCAAACCUGCACUUUGCAUCGCUGAACCCCCACAUUGAGCUGGACAAAUCAUGCCUGGCGGUGCCGUGCGGAGUGGCUUUGUCCCAAACGUUCACAGCGCUUGUGAACUUGAAACAAUCUUUGCAAUUCUAG